GUCUGAUGUGUCAGCUGUUUUGUCAGCUGUUUUUUGUAUUUGUUUCUAGUUUGUUUUGUGCUUUUCUGUAAAUCCUAACACAAAAUGUCGCUGUUUAAACUACUUCGCAUCUCUGGCCCCAGCCGCUUUAGCGCGCGAUCAGCCGCGUAUGUGGGCAAAGCCAAGUACGACUACGAUCUGGUGGUGCUGGGCGGCGGCUCUGCGGGACUGGCCUGUGCCAAGGAGGCCGUGGACAGUGGCGCCCGUGUGCUCUGCUUCGACUACGUGAAGCCCACGCCCGCGGGCACCAGGUGGGGCCUGGGCGGCACCUGCGUGAAUGUGGGCUGCAUUCCCAAGAAACUGAUGCACCAGGCCUCGCUGCUGGGCGAGGCGGUGCACGAGGCGGUGGCCUACGGCUGGAACGUUAACGAUCAGAACAUAAAGCCCGACUGGAAGAAGCUGGUCAAGAGCGUGCAGAACCACAUCAAGUCCGUUAAUUGGGUGACGCGCGUGGACCUGCGCGACAAGAAGGUGGAGUACGUCAACUCCAUGGGCGCCUUUGUCGAUCCGCACACCAUCGAGUACUCCGUCAAGGGCGGCGGCCCCAAGCAGCAGGUCACCUCCGAGUAUAUUGUGGUGGCCGUGGGCGGACGUCCGCGGUAUCCCCCCAUUUUGGGCGCCACCGAGUUCGGCAUCACCAGCGACGACAUCUUCAGCUACGAAGAGGAGCCCGGCCGCACCCUCGUGGUGGGUGCUGGCUAUGUGGGUCUGGAGUGCGCCUGCUUCCUCAAGGGCCUCGGCUACGAUCCCACGGUGAUGGUGCGCUCGAUAGUGCUGCGCGGCUUCGACCGUCAGAUGUCCGACCUGCUGGAGGCCAUGAUGUCCGAGCGCGGCGUCCACUUUCUCCACACAACGAUCCCCAGCUCGGUGGAGCGCCAGGGCGACGGGCGACUGCUGGUCAAGUACCGCAACACGACGACGGAGCAGGAGGACAGCGACAUCUUCGACACCGUUCUGUGGGCCAUUGGGCGCAAGGGUCUGAUCGAGGACCUCAAUCUGCCCGCAGCCGGCGUGCAGACCAAAAACGACAAGAUCGUGGUGGAUGGCACUGAGGCCACCAACGUGCCCCACAUCUUUGCCGUGGGCGACAUCAUCCACGGCCGUCCGGAGCUCACCCCGGUGGCCAUUCUGUCCGGCCGCCUGCUGGCCCGCCGCCUCUUUGCCGGCUCCAAGCAGCUGAUGGACUACGCCGAUGUGGCCACCACCGUGUUCACGCCGCUGGAGUACUCCUGCGUGGGUAUGUCCGAGGAGAUGGCCAUACAGACGCACGGCCAGGACAACAUCGAGGUUUUCCACGGCUACUACAAGCCCACCGAGUUCUUCAUUCCACAGAAGAGCGUGCGCCAGUGCUACCUCAAGGCUGUGGCCGAGAUCACCGGCGACCAGAAGAUCCUCGGGCUGCACUACAUUGGACCCGUGGCGGGCGAGGUCAUCCAGGGCUUUGCAGCGGCCCUCAAGUCGGGGCUCACUGUCAAGACCCUGCUGAAUACGGUGGGCAUUCACCCGACCACCGCCGAGGAGUUUACACGCCUGUCGAUCACCAAGCGCUCGGGUCGGGAUCCCACGCCAUCCUCCUGCUGCAGUUAGUUCGGGAAUGCCCCAAAGUGUUGCACAAAGAGUUGAAUAAAGAAGUCAAAAAAAAGUCUCUGGCCC